AUGGUAAAUCUUCCAAAUUCGAUUGAAAAAUUAACCUUCUUUGAAAGUGAAGAUUAUUCAAAUUUAAUUCCAGUUCUUUGUUAUAGUGGUAAUAGUAUAAUUAAUGUUGCAUUUGGUAAAACUGAUUCCCCAGAUAUUGAAUUUCAUUCAGUGACAUAUCCUGAGUAUUACGUUGAUUAUAUCGAAGUAAUAAAAGACAGUUGUAAAUCAAAUGUUACUGAAGAAAAUUGUACAGAUGAUCAAAUUAUAACAAUUGAAGAAACAAAAUCGGAAGAUUCAUUGCAUAGUUUAGAGAUUGCAUUGAUUAUAAUAUCUCUUUUGUUCAUUGCAUCUCUUAUCAUUCUUCUUUAUACAAUUUACUUAUACGUGAAGAGAGAUGAUGAAGAUGAAUCAAAUACAUUACCAGAUAUGAAGAUUGAAGAAACAGCAAUAAUAAACACUAAUGAAACUGUUGGCUUCACAUAUGAUAAUCCACUUUUUUCAAAAUCACAAUAUGAAGAUGAUCCAUUCAAAAGUGAUUUUGAUGAACACGAAGAUAAGAAAGAAAAUGAUAACUUUCUCGGCAAAGAUUUGGAAGAAUAUUAA